AUGCCAAAAGAUUCAGAACAUGUGAUAAGUGAUGAUGAACGAUCUCCCAAUAUUUUAAAUAUUGAUGAUGAGGAGGAGAAUAAAUCAAGCAUUGAGCUGAAUAGCAUAUCGGAAGAAGACAAAACAUCUCUAGAAACUUUUAGAAAGUGGACAUCCAGUCGUUCUGUCACAAAUCCCGAAUUAUAUUCAAGUUUGAUAAGAUACAUUACUGGUCGUUCCCCACACCUAUUCGAAAAACACUGUGAAUUUGUGGAAAAAAUUAAAUAUUUAUUUCAAAAUCAUAAACCAAGCACUAGUGUGUUAGAAGAGCAAAAUGAGGAAUCAGAAGCAGAGGAACAUGGCAGAAAAUGGAACAAGGAAAGGUGGAUCGUUAGUCUAAACAAGGAGCUCAAACUGUUCGAUCCUAACAAUCCUAAAAGACACCACCCACAGGCAUUCCAUAUUAAUUCAAAAUACAUGACAAAGGCUAAUGUUAGAGAUCGAUAUCGACGAUUUUUUGCCAAAUAUCCUGCAUUAUUUUACAUUUACAAGUAUACAUUCUUUUCUGGAACAAUUACUAUGGUAUCUGAAAUUUUAGAAAACAAUAUUGAAUUGAAAAAGAAAGCUGAAUAUUUACCAACAUCAUUUAAAACAUGGUAA